CUCCCUUCCCUGUUCUCAACUUCGCAGCCGUGUGAUACUCCGGCGAGAAAACGCCGCGAACACACCCAAACACCCUGCUAGAAUAUAUAUUAGAUAAAUAUAUAUAUAUAAAUUUAAAUAAAUGGCGUCAUCUAAAACCCCUAUUUCAUUAUUAAUCAAAUCCCUUAAUCUCAUUUCAUCCCACAAACUACAACCCAAACAGAAUUGGCAGGGAGGAAGCAUCAGUUGGAAUAAAAUAAUAAAAAACACUUGUUACUUUUCAUCUUCAGUUGGAGCUUCAGAUGUUGAAGAUGAUAAACUUCAUGAUGAUAUUAAAGUUGCGGAAAAGCAUACAGCUCUACAUUCAGCCCUAUCAGAACUUGCAGGUGAUUAUGAUGGGGAGGCUACGAUGUUUUUGCAGAGGUUUUUUCGUACAAGAGUGAAACCUGUAGUAUCCACUGGUUCGUUGAAGCUUGAUCUUGCUCUUGGAAUUGGAGGAUUACCAAAGGGAAGAAUUGUUGAGAUAUAUGGGCAAGAGGCAUCAGGCAAGACAACACUUGCUUUAAAUGUUAUCAGGGAAGCUCAAAAGGUUGGAGGUUAUUGUGCAUAUCUGGAUGUGGAGAAUGCAUUGGACCCUGUGCUGCUGAAAAUGGUUGGUGUAGAUACCAAAAGUCUUCUCAUUUCACAGCCAACUUCUGCGGAAAAUGUGCUGAGUAUUGUUGAUACUCUUGCAAAAAGUGGAGCAGUUGAUGUGAUUGUUGUUGACAGUGUAGCCGCACUCAUCCCUCAGCGUGAAAUUAUGGGUGUAAUAAGUGACGAUUACGUUGAGACACAAUCACGAAUAAUGACACAGGCCCUCCGCAGGAUUCAAUUUUCAUUGUGUCGUUCAGACACUCUUAUUAUAUUUAUAAAUCAGGUGAGAUCAAAUGUAAAAGCACGUGAAGAAGGAAUUAAAAAUGUUAAUGAGGUGACUUGUGGCGGAAAUGCCUUGCCAUUUUAUUCUGCCGUGCGUUUAAGAAUUGCUAGAAAGGGGUUACUCAAGACUCACGAAAAGGUUACUGGUCUUGGCAUUUGUAUAGAGGUGAUAAAGAAUAAACUAGCACCGGCAAUGAAAAAGGCUGAUUUACAGAUUGAGUUUGGAAGAGGCAUAUCUCGUGCGUCUGAGGUCCUAGAAUUGGCUUGUGAACACGGGGUUGUUCUGAAAGAAGGAAAUUGUUACUUUAUGAAUGGAGAAGUGUUCAACAGUAAGAUGGAAGCCGAAACUUAUCUGAUUCAAAAUGAAAGUGUUUCUGAAAAUCUGGUUAAAUCUCUAAGAAGACAAUUAUUUCGUAUUGAUGAAGAUUCUAAAUCAUGAUCCCAACUGUGAGGACUGUUGUCAUUCCUGCACUAGGUCAUGUUCAGAAAGGUAUCCGCGGAGUUGGUUGUGCCAUCAGGAAAGAAAAAGAAAAUCUGAGCUGAUUGCUUGCGCAGCUUCAAACGGUUGUGUGCUCUGUAAUUAUGGAGCUUGAAAGCCAGAACAUUGAAAGUGCUGUAUAUUCACUAGAACUCAGGUAAGUGCGACAGAUUCAUUAUUAUGUUCUUCUGGCAGUUUAGUAAUUGUAGGUGAAAUCCUAGUAAAUUGUAUCUCUUUUACAAUUAUAUUGUAGGAUGAUCUAAUUGAUUGCUCCUUUAACUUAGAUUUCUAAUUUUACCAAGAAAUAGCAA